CGUCGCGCUUCGCCAUGACAGCUCGUGAUACGCAUGCGCGCGAAAGUUGCUCCUCCGGCGACACCGAGGCGCGAGGCGCGAUACGCAGGCAUCAUUCGGCGCGACGUUUGCUGGAGGCACGGUCGAGUUUGGCUAAUUGUCGACUCCAACAAACGACUAUACACGAAAAAACAAGCACGAACAGGCAACGCACCAAACGCAACGAUGUCUUCGCCUUCGCAACUGGAUGCAACGGCUGUGGAGAAUUUCCGCGAGUACUUGCGGAUACCAUCGGUGCAGCCGGACAUUAAUUACGAUGAUUGCGUGACGUUCUUGCGCAAACAGGCCGAGUCCCUCGACUUGCCGAUUAAGAUCUACCAUGUAUAUCCCAAAAGACCAAUUGUGGUUCUUACGUGGGUAGGAACGAAGCCGAAGAAGCCGGCUAUUCUUUUGAACAGUCACAUGGAUGUCGUGCCAGUUUUCGAGGAAAACUGGACCUACCCGCCGUUCGGCGCGCACAUGGACGAGAAAGGCAACAUCUACGCGCGCGGCAGUCAGGACAUGAAAUGCGUCGGCAUUCAGUACUUGGAGGCGAUCCGCAGACUGAAGAUCAACGGACAACGCUUGCCGCGAACCAUUCACAUUUCCUUCGUGCCGGACGAGGAGAUCGGCGGGGUCCUCGGCAUGAAGGACUUUGUGCACACCGAGGACUUCAAGUCACUGAACAUCGGCUUCGCCUUGGACGAGGGCGUCGCCUGUCCGCAGGAUCACUUCUACAUGUUCUACGGCGAGAGGUCGAUCUGGCACGUGGAGAUAAACUGCGCUGGCAGUACCGGCCACGGCUCGAUCAUCAUGGACAACACGGCCGCGGAGAAGCUGACGUACAUAAUCAAUCGCUUCAUGGAACUCAGAGCGGCCGAAAGGGCGAAACUGAUGAAUCCUAUGAAUCCUAUGAAGUUGGGCGAUGUGACGUCUGUGAAUCUUACGAAAAUCAAUGGUGGCGUACAGACCAACGUGAUACCCAAAGAAAUUACUGUUAUGUUCGAUGUUCGCGUAGCGCCUACUGUCGAUCACGAAGAAUUGGAGGCUACCAUUAAACGCUGGUGCGAAGAGGCCGGGCCGAAUGUGACCUACUCGUUCGAGGAGAAAAAUCCCAAAGUCGAGAACACAAAGCUCGACGAAUCCAAUCCUUUCUGGAUCGCUUUUAAAAAUAGCUGCGAGGAACAAGGUAUCGAACUGGAGAUCGGUAUCUUCCCGGGAGGCACGGAUAGCCGUUACGUGCGCUCGGUGGGCAUUCCCGCUAUAUGCUUCUCGCCGAUGAAUAAAACAAAGAUACUUUUGCACGAUCACGAUGAAUAUCUCAACAAAGACAUAUUCCUCAAAGGAAUAGAGAUCUACACCAAACUAAUACCAGCUGUCGCGAGUGUUUAAAAGCAUGAACAUAUAUAUUUAUACUCCAUAUUAGAAUGCUAUUAGUCAGUUACUAAUUAAUUAAUUACCAUUAAUUACAAAUCACUCAGCAUGUCAGUGAUAUGCUUAUCAUUAUCAGCGUCUUGAGUGUGAAGAACUGAUAAUUAUAUGUACUAUAUGUGUUAAGUUCAUAUAUCUAUUGCAUUAUACCGAUGUUAAGCGAUUUUAUGAUUUUAUCGCUGUUAAAAAUUCACCUCAUAUAUUCGUUAUCUUUAUAAAGUUAUAUUCUUGAAGAAAGUAAUAUAUAAAAGCACAAGACACGCAAGAAAUGUAAAAGUUCCUCAAUGCCUCGUAAUGCUAAGGAUAAAAUAAAUCGAACGUCGUACGUGAUUCUAAAAUUGUAAAUAUGAUAACAAUAAAGAUAAUGUUACAUAA